AUGAAACUUGAUUCGAAACUGGACGAACUGCAAAUGCAUUCUCACCACAACGAUGUUGACGAAACAGAAAAUCAAACUUCACCAAUGGUUGAAGAUUCGCGUACAUGCGCACAAAAUAUUGGUUAUCAGUUAGAUGAUGAGAAAUAUUACGAUAUACCAGAUGAAACAAUAGAAAGUCCGAGUGAAAGUGAUAGUGAAAUGCAUGAUGAUGACGAUGAUAAUGAUGGCGACGAUGAUAUUCUUGAAUUUAUCAAUAUAUUUGAUGUACAUCGUGAACGAAUUUUAUAUAAAUCAUGCAAAUUAACCAUUUAUGAAGCUUGUAUCGAGAUAGUUAAACUCGCUCGUGAAUUAAAUUUAAACAAAAAACAAAUACAAAGUUUAUUAAAUGGAUUGCGUAAUUUACUGCCGACAGAAAACAAACUGCCGCGCACCGUUCCCUGUCUACUGAAGAUUGUUAAUAUUGAUUGUUCAAAGAAGGUUACAUACUAUUGUCGUGAAUGUUUUCAUCCUUUACUAUCAGUUCAACAGUCUGUAUGUACUUAUGGAUGUUCCUUGAACAAUCAACAUCGAUCAUUUAAAAAUUUGAGUGAACUAGUGAUAUGCGAUGUUAAGCAAGAAAUAGCCAAAGUAGUAAACCGAUAUAGUAAUAUAAUUCGAGAAUAUCAAAAUGAAACAAAUAUUAUUUUACCCGGUGAUGUAUUAAAUGCUCAGAUUUAUAAAAACUUGCCAUCGACUAAGUUGAAUAAACUUACUCUCAUGCUUCACACAGACGGAGCACCAGUCACCAAAGUGGGCGGAAAAUCAUUAUGGCCAAUACAAUGUACAUUAGUGGAAAUUCCUCCACCUCUUAGAGAUUUUAUGGACGCUACAAUGGUGUUGGGUGCCUGGUUGGGUGGUACACAUCCAAGCCGAGACUUACUUUGGUCAAAGAUUGUGGAACAAAUUCAUGAGUUGUUCAAGACUGGAAUUACGAUUACUGCAGAUGAUGGUGAAAAAGUUAUGUUUGCGAUUCGGGCACAAUUAGUUACGUUUGACUUACCUGCACUAGCACAGAAUUGUAAUAUCGUUCAGUUCAAUGGCUAUGAUGCAUGUCCAGAUUGUGAUAUUCAUGGCAUUGCCAUUGAACGUCAAGUAUUUUAUCCAUUUUCAAAAUUACCAUCAACACCAAAAACUGAUCGAGAUUAUAUGACAUUUUCUUUACAAAAGUCUAUGGUAAAAUCAAUUAAGGGAAUUAAGGGACCGACACCAUUAACACGAAUAUUAAUCUUUCCAGAUCAAAUAGCUAAAGAUUAUAUGCAUCUGGUCUGUAGUGGACAUUUUAAGACAUUAAUAACAUAUUGGGAAAGAAUCCUACUGCCUGAUGUUUUUGAUCAAGGUUCAAAUUACUUAAUAUCAAUUAUAUUACCUCAUUCAUUUAAGUAUCAAUUUAUACCUCUUAUACAAUAUCAUCAAUGGAAAACGAAAAUGUUUAGAGAUUUUUUACUUUACGUCUUGCCAAUUUUUGUGUCAUUAUUUCUUCCUGAUUCUCUUGCAUUACACUUUUUGCAUUAUUUCGUAUACAUACGAACUUUGUAUUUUUAUGAUCAUGUUACUGAACUUGAUGGCAUUGAAAAUCUCUUUAACUACUAUUACGAACGUAUAACUGAUUAUUACGGAAAAAAAUCACAAUUGUGCACGCUCCAUUUACAUUUACAUUUGAAAGAUCAAGUACUCAAACAUGGUGCACUAGUAUUUACGUCAUGUUUUGCUCGUGAAUCAUAUAUUGGUCAAUCAGUAAAAUGGUGUUUAGGAAGAAAAUACAUAUUAGAACAAUUUAUUACUUGGUACAGUGUCGAUCGUUCUUUAGCAUUAAAAAAUUCAAUGAAACUGAAUGAUAUAUUUUACGAAGAAAAAUUUAUUGGGAAUUAUAUAAAUAUGCUACUAAUUCAAAACUAUCAAGAUAAAUUAAACAUUUGCUCAAUUAAAAAAAAGAUGAAUUUGACUGGAUCAAAUUUUUUUUCUCGUUAUAGUCGUGGACUAAAACUUUUCCACUCACGUGCCUAUACAAGAAGUGGUUACGGAAUUAGUUAUUUCGUCUCAAUAUCAAACGAAAACUGCUUAAUGAAAAGAAAAACAUGUUUUAGCGACGUUUUGUUCUAUUUUGAUUGUGAUGAUCGUCAUUAUGCAUUCGUGAAAAAAUAUAAGUGUAUUAACUUCAGCUUUUCCGAUGCAUUACCAACAGUAUCAGUGCCUCAAUUUAUUAGUGAUAAGUUAAAUUUCUAUUAUGGUUUUUACAAUCACAAACAAUUUUCAUACAAAAUCAUACCUGUAGCUGAUAUUUCCAAUAAAGUUAUAAAUAUGAAAUGGUCUAAUGAUACUUUCGUUUAUACUGAUGUUGUAUGUGAACGGGAGCAUGAUUAA